CAAGCCAAGCCGAGCCGAGCCGAGCCGAGCCGCGCAGCGGCUGCAUUACCGCACAGACCGCAGCCUUUUACCUGAAGAUGGAAGCACACCCGGGGAAGACGUCCGCUGUCAGGGCGAACCACCGAGACGGAUAAAAGGCGCAGAGCUCCGGCCGUUAGGGGGGAGGGGGGGCGGAGCUGGUGUGGGUGUCACGCCGCGUGCGUGCAGGUAAACCGCCGCAGGCAGCCAGAUAGCUUAGCACCAGACGCUAACGUAACCAGCGGGGCGAGUUGGGGUCGGAUGAACUGUUGUCAGACCCGAACGCCCAGCGUGGAUAUUUUUAAUCGAGCGAAUAUUUAACUGUCAUCGCAAAGGACCCGCAAAGCCUCCUUUUUAUUGUUUUCUUGUAUUAUUUUGUUUUGCCCUCGAGGAUAUUGUCGCGGCUGCCGGUGGCGGCAGCUUGAUUGACAGCCCGUCUCAGCGGGUCCUCCAGAUGUGACAGUGACGCUCGGGCGCUUCAUAAGUCAGCCGGCCGCAGGAGCGGCUGCCCGCCGCGAAUGGCUGCCCGUCUGGAAGUCCCGGGCGGACUCUUAGCUCGACCGAACCGCGUCAACGCGCGACCAACGUCCUUCUGGCAGCGAGGCGCCGCCGCCGCCGCCGAAGCGGACACGUUGCUGGCCCGCUAACCGACCGACGUGACACCGAGAGGCGUGACCCGCGCCGCCGCUGCUGUUAAUUAACAUUACUUCACAGUUUAAGUCAUGAAGAGGACGGAGAAUAAGAACAAGAGGAAGCUCUUGGAGCACCAGGACAGCGGCGCAGCGGAGAAAGAUGCGAAGGAGUUUGCGGUUCCAGCCCCCCUCCUCUUCAGGAAGAUGAGCACCCCCGACCUGUCGCCCGCGGCGACCGCUGCCACCAAGUCUAAACUGCACCGACAGCUGAGCCAGGACGAAAGCUGGGCCCGACGCAGCAGCAUGGGCAUGACCGGUAAGCAGUUGCUGCCUCUGUCCAGCAGUCUGCAUGCCGGUGUGAGCCAGCUGGCCUGGCAGGGGCCAUCUGGAGGGCCCGGAGCCAUGAGCGCAAUGUCUACGGGAGGAGAGGGGAACAACCUGGUCCGCAUGAGGAGCCAAAGCUUGGGGCAGUCUGCGCCAUCUCUCACCGGCCUGAAGGAGCUGAGCCUUCCCAGAAGAGGCAGUUUCUGUCGCACGAGCAACAGGAAGAGCCUGAUUGUGACGUCCCAGACCUCUCCCACACUGCCUCGACCACACUCGCCUCUUCAUGGACACACAGGUACCAGCCCACUGGACAGCCCUCGCAACUUCUCCCCCAGCACAGCUGCACACUUCUCCUUUGUUCCUGCGCGCAGUCACGGACACAGGGCUGACAGGACGGAUGGGAGGCGCUGGUCUCUGGCCUCGUUGCCUUCCUCAGGCUAUGGCACCAACACUCCCAGCUCCACUGUCUCAUCCUCCUGUUCAUCUCAGGAGAAGCUGCACCAGCUGCCCUUCCAGCCCACGCCGGACGAGCUGCACUUCCUCACCAAACACUUCAGCUCCGAGAGCAUCACGGACGAGGAGGGACGCCGCUCCCCCGCCAUGAGACCGCGCUCCCGCAGCCUGAGCCCCGGCCGCUCGCCCAUCUCCUUCGACCAUGAGAUCGUGAUGAUGAACCAUGUGUACAAGGAAAGGUUUCCCAAGGCGACGGCUCAAAUGGAGGAGCGUCUGGCCGAGCUGCUUUGCUCCUCGGCCCCGGACAAGGUGUGCCCGCUGGCCGACGGGGUCCUGAGCUUCAUCCACCACCAGCUGACGGAGCUGUCCAGAGACUGCCUGUUGAAAAGCAGAGAGGGCCUCAUCACCUCCCGCUACUUCUACGAGCUCCAGGGGAACCUGGAGAAGCUGCUGCAGGACGCUCACGAGCGCUCAGAGAGUGUGGAGGUCACCUUCGUGACUCAACUCGUCAGGAAGCUGAUGAUCAUCAUCGCCCGGCCAGCGCGUCUGCUGGAGUGUCUGGAGUUUGAUCCUGAGGAGUUCUACCAUUUGUUGGAAGCAGCAGAGGGCCAUGCCAAGGAGGGCCAAGGCAUCAAGUGCGACAUCCCGCGAUACAUCAUCAGCCAGCUGGGCCUCACCAGGGAUCCGCUGGAGGAAAUGGCCCAGCUGAGCAGCUAUGACAGUGGGAACCCAGAAACUCCAGAGACGGACGAUUCAGUGGACGGCCAAGGCACCCCGGUCCCAGCAGCUCCUCCACAGUCUAAAACCAAAGCACCUCGAGAGGAGGACUUUGAAAACAUCAAGCUCAUCAGCAACGGAGCCUACGGCACCGUGUUUCUGGUGCGUCACAAGGAGACCCGGCAGCGUUUCGCCAUGAAGAAGAUCAACAAGCAGAACCUGAUCCUGAGGAACCAGAUCCAGCAGGCCUUCGUGGAACGGGACAUCCUGACGUUUGCCGAGAACCCGUUUGUCGUCUCCAUGUUCUGUUCCUUCGAGACCAGGCGGCACCUGUGCAUGGUGAUGGAGUACGUGGAGGGUGGAGACUGUGCCACGCUGCUGAAGAAUAUUGGAGCUCUGCCGGUGGACAUGGCCCGUAUGUACUUUGCAGAGACGGUCCUCGCGCUAGAGUAUCUUCACAAUUAUGGCAUCGUCCACAGAGACCUCAAACCUGACAAUCUUCUCAUCACCUCCAUGGGACACAUUAAGCUGACAGACUUUGGUCUCUCAAAGAUCGGUUUGAUGAGCUUGACCACAAACCUGUAUGAAGGACACAUAGAGAAAGACGCCAGAGAGUUCCUCGAUAAACAGGUGUGUGGCACCCCAGAGUAUAUCGCCCCGGAGGUGAUUCUGCGUCAGGGCUACGGGAAGCCGGUGGACUGGUGGGCCAUGGGGGUCAUCCUGUACGAGUUCCUGGUGGGCUGUGCUCCGUUCUUCGGAGACACACCGGAGGAGCUGUUCGGUCAGGUCAUCAGCGAUGAAAUCAUCUGGCCGGAGGAGGAAGAAGCUCUUCCUCAGGAAGCUCAGGACCUCAUCUGUAAGCUGCUAAGACAAAAUCCUUUGGAGAGACUUGGCACAGGCAGUGCCUUUGAGGUGAAGCAGCACUCGUUCUUCACAGACCUGGACUGGAACAGCCUGCUGAGGCAGAAAGCCGAGUUCAUUCCGCAGCUGGAGUCUGAGGACGACACCAGCUACUUUGACACUCGUUCCGACCGGUACCACCAUCUAGAUUCAGAGGAAGAGGACGAUACCAACGAUGACGAACAUGUGGAGAUUCGACAGUUCUCCUCCUGCUCGCCUCGUUUCAGCAAGGUGUACAGCAGUAUGGAGCGUCUGUCUCUGCACGAGGACAAGAGGACUCCUCCUCCCACCAAACGCAGCCUCAGUGAGGAAGGAGGAGAUCGCAUCGACAGCCUGUGCGGACUCAAGUCCAGAGAUCGAUCCUGGCUGGUGGGAUCUCCAGAGAUCCUGCGGAAGCGCCUGUCCGUCUCGGAGUCGUCCCACACAGAGAGCGACUCCAGCCCCCCCUUGACCGUUCGGCGGCGCUGCUGUUCAGCGAUCAUUGAGAUGCCCCGCUUCGCCAUCUCCUCCGAGGAAGAGGGAGGUCAAGGUGCAGCUGGAUGCCGUAAGAGUCCCAGCCUGGGUCCGAGUGCAGUGAGGGGCCCGCGAUCUGACGAGCACCCCCUCGCCAUCCCAGAGCUCCCGGUGGAGAGAGAACUGAAGCUGGAUGAGUCUCCCACCACACCGAGCUCCACCUGCAGCCCACUGAGCAAGGCCCCGCUCACAUCGGGUAGUUCAGUCGACGCGAGUGACCGUGGCCUCCGAGUCAACGGCAGUGCCGGCGCGGCUGCUAAAAGUGCAUCCGACAACGACUCUCCGUCCACGCCGAGAGCCAUCAGCGACCUGGCGGCUCGCAGGGCUCGCCAUCGGCUGCUGUCUGGGGAUGCGGACAAACACACAGCGGCGCCGAGCUCCCGACCGCUCAACAAGGUCAUCAAGUCGGCAUCUGCCACCACGCUGUCACUGAUGAUCCCUGCAGACCACCACGGAGCCUCACCAUUGGCCAGCCCGAUGUCGCCCCACUCACUGUCGUCCAACCCGUCAUCGAGGGACUCCUCCCCGAGCCGCGACCUCUCCCCAGCCGUGAACAGCGUCAAGCCCCCCAUGGUGAUCCACAGAGCGGGCAAGAAGUACGGCUUCACCCUGAGAGCCAUCCGAGUGUACAUGGGAGACUCUGACAUCUACACUGUACAUCACAUGGUCUGGCAUGUGGAGGAUGGCGGUCCGGCCCAAGAUGCAGGUCUGAGGGAGGGGGACCUGAUCACCCAAGUUAAUGGAGAGCCGGUUCACGGUCUGGUUCACACAGAGGUGGUGGAGCUGAUACUGAAGAGUGGUGCCAAAGUCUCCAUCUCAGCCACCCCGUUUGAGAACACAACCAUCAAGGUCGGCCCCGCCCGCAAGACGACCAACAAAUCCAAGAUGGCGAGACGAAACAAGAAGACCAAGACCAAGGAGGGACAGGAAAGUAAGAAGAGGACGUCUUUGUUCAGGAAGAUCACCAAGCAGGCGUCGCUCCUCCACACCAGUCGCAGCUUGUCCUCCCUGAACCGCUCCCUCUCCUCUGGGGAGAGCGGCCCCGGCUCGCCGACUCACAAUCUGUCGCCACGGAGCCCGACGCAGGGCUACAGGUCCACGCCAGACUCCGCCCACUCAGUUGGUGGAAACUCGUCCCAGAGCAGCUCCCCGAGCUCCAGCGUGCCAAACUCGCCGGCGAGCUCCGGCCACAUCCGGCCCAGCUCCCUGCACGGCCUCGCCCCGAAGCUCCAGCGCCAGUACCGCUCCCCCCGACGCAAGUCUGCCGGGAACAUCCCCCUCUCCCCCCUGGCCCGGACGCCUUCGCCCACCCCUCAGAGCUCCUCGCCUCAGCGCUCGCCCUCCCCUCUGCCCAGCCACGCGCUGGCGCAGUCUGCGGUGGGCCAGUCGUUCCCCGUGAAGCUGCACUCCUCCCCUCCCCUGGUGAGGCAGAUAUCCAGGCCCAAGAGCGCGGAGCCGCCGCGCUCUCCGCUCCUCAAGCGGGUGCAGUCUGCUGAGAAACUGGCCUCCUCGCUCUCCAACCCCCCCUCGUCUCCCUCUGGCGGGGCGGCAGGGGGGGCCACCUCGGGGAGCCGGAAACACAGUCUGGACAUCUCGCAUUCUGAGUUCAAGAAGGAGAUUCUGCAGAGAGAACCGAGCCUACAGAGCCUUCAGGAGUCAGCCAGCGAGGGUCUGCUGUCCUCAGCGGGACGCAGCGUGGAGACGGGCAGCCUGCAGAAACACUCCGCCUCAUCCAGGAAGCUAGGACGUCAGGAAGGGGACGGCGGCCUCAGCGCCGUGUCGGGCUCGCUGGGCCUGGCCCCCGGGAAGAGCAAGCUGAAGGACAAACUGUCCGCGAUCCGCCAGGACAGGGCCGAGCGGAGGGAGUCGCUCCAGAAGCAGGACGCCAUCCACGAGGUCGAUUCGUCUGAGGACGAGACGGACGAGGGCUCAGAGGACAGCCAGGACGGACGCAGGGGGGCGACCUUCACUCCUCCUCCCCUGCUGAGGCCCACCACAGUGAGAACGGGCCCCGGAGGCACCCUGCCCUCCCUCUGCCUCUCCCCCUCCGUCCCUCAUGCCACCUUCACCCACACAGGGCCCAGCCAGUUAGGCAGGCCCACUCCCAUACACACCCUCCCCUCUCUGGCAGAAACGAAGCCUGAUCAGAGCUCCCCUUGUCGGGGGGGGAAAGAUCCACGGUCUUCUUCAGCAGAAGCAAAACAAGAGGCGAAGGUUCUAGAACCGAGUGGCACCACGAAACCCACUCAGGGCUCCCUUCCCUUCUCCACCCCAGGCAGUGCGUUCAUCUCCGUCAGCAAGGAGACUUUCCUCCAGCCAGCUCCUCCUCUGGAUACAAAGAGCCUCGGGGGACAGACGGCACCGUCAGAGCCCAGGGCCGAGCACCCAAGCCUGGGCAGCCCUAGAACCAGAGGCCCGUCUGCCGAGUGCAGAACCAGCCCAAAUUGCUCCAGAGCGGCCGCCGGUCCUACCGACUGCCAGACUCCAGACGGGCCAGAGACGCCCCGCGCCUCCUGCUCCUCCCCGGGCAUCCCCAAGGAGAGGAAAGAGGCCGACAACCGGAGACUUUGCGCUGCGGCGGCGGCGAGCCUUAACGCGUCACCCUCGCUCACGUCGGGCUCCGCCUCCAGUUUCAGCUUCAGCCCCCCGGUUCCGGCCCCUGGGAGCGCCGUGGAGAAGGUUGUGUCCCAGCUUGCGACAGUCGCUAAGAGCGUUCUGAGUCCCGCCAAACUGAGCACCGCCGCAGACAAGAGCCAGAAGCAGCAGACACAAUCGGUAGGCGGCACCGCGGCGGUCACACCAACUGGCGCCUCCUCCUUCUCCUCCAAACAGCCCCCGGCCGCUCAGGCACCUCCCCUCCCGGAGUGCCAAACAAGACAGGAAACUGAGCCUGAAGUUGCUUCACCGACGUCGUCCAAAGCCUCGAUACAAAAAGACUUUGCAGCCCUACCGCCGUCAGCCCGCAAGGACCCCCCCGAAAGGCCCCCUUCAGGGUCUGCGCGCGCGGACAGCGCCGCCGCGUCUGCGUCCGCCCAGCGGCCGGUCGUGGCAGCCGCUCAGCCCGCCCUCAGCACGCACGCCAGCUCCUCUGCAGCCUCCGAACCACAGCGCAAGACGUGCACAGCUGCCAACGCCGCGCAACAAGACAAAGCAACCAGCAAGAAGACGUAGCAGCAAAAAGCACCGGAAAAGAAUGUACAUAUCGCGCCGCCUUGAGGUUUAUAAGUCACACAAACACUGCAUGUUUGGAUGAAAACAUACAGGUAACUCGGCACUAAUCAAAGACUUUCAAAGCAAAAGGAAGGCAGAGCUACAACAAGCAAAGACACAUGUUUUCCUUGUUCCAUUCCAGAUGUUCUGUCCUCAUGUUGUUGUGAGUUAUGUUGGUGUCCUGAUUUCAGACUAAGCCAAUGGAGGUUGUCGUUUUAUUUUUUUCUCCUUGUUUAAAAAAAAGGUCUGGGGCUGGAAAUAAAGGGCUCAGCGGUCCGUGCACAUCCCGUAUCCAAAGCAGACACUUCACGCACACCUUUCUUGCUGACGAUCCCGCUUGUGCUGCCUCAUUACCCGCACUCAUGUUCCUCUAACAGAUCAGGGGGUGCCUUGUUGAACACACACGUUUCCUCCCCACGCACAACAGUUUGGCAGAAGAUUGUACCUCAGCAAUAAAGUGCAGCGUAUGAUUAUCAUUCUGUGUAAAACGCAUUACAUAGUUUUUAAUUGGACUAAAUCUGCAAAGUCAACGCAGCAGCCGGCUAACUAGGCCAAACUCAAUUCCCCUCUUCCAUGUAGUCCCUGCUGAUCUGACGGGGCCGGCUUGCAGACGGGGAGAUGAAUUCCCUGAGUUCUGAUCCCAGACCCGGUUCAGUGAUUUGAAGAGGCUCCGUGGAAUGUCAGUGCUGGAUUAGAUUACAGUGUUUGUGUUGAUUUAUCAAGUCUAAACUUCUGACUGAAUCUGCAGUUCAAUGCUUAACUCCUCGCCCUCCUGUGUGUUGUGUGUUGGGCUGCAUCACACUUUCCCUCGUGUCUGAAUGUAUCUCCUGAAGGCCCAUUGACACUGCUCUCUGAACGUAUCCGUGACAACUGAUACAUGAAUCUAAACUAGAACUUUCCCGUAUCUCAGUUACCGGGUUUAACUUGAAAUGAAGCCAACGGUCUAAAUGCACAGCUGAUGUCACACGCCUCAAAGCUUCGCCAACAUUCAGCGGUAGAAUCCGAGCUGAGCGUGCUCAGAGCGACUGGUCGUUUUCAAAACAUUGUUUUGGACGACCGCCGCCUUUUUAUUUCGAGCUCCAUCAGCCUCUGAGGGCUGCUGUAGUUGUAUUUUGGUGUCUGGACCAAUAUGUUUUUUUUGCCUCCGAUCCUGUAAAGAUCCUUUGUGCGAUUCUGCGUGUGCGUGAGACUAUGUGGAAAGUGCAUGGUUAUGUCUGUAUACACAAACAUAUAUAUAUAUAUAGAUAUAUAUAUAUAUACACCCAAUAUACACAUAUUUGUAUAGUACCAGUCAAAGGUUUGGACACAAUUCAAUGAGAAAGUGUGUCCAGAUGUUUGACUGGUACUGUGCAUAGGAUAUUUAAAGUUCUGUUGUGCAUCUGUUUUAUACCCUGUGUGAGUGUUUGUGCGUGGGUUUGUCUGUGUGUGUUUUAUGAUUAGCUUUGUUCAGGACACCCUGCUACCUGUGUGCGUGUCUCUGUCGGCCUUUGCACAAAUCUUUUAUCUCAUUUGUCAAAUGAGUUGCAGCUUAAUUCUGCUUUGCUGGGGAAAAUCUCAGUUUUGUUUUUUUGUUUUUCUUGGAUAUACCACCUUCUCUGAUUCCUGCUGGACAUUUGAAAGCAAGAAAAGGCAUUUGUUUAGUUUGUUUCUUUUGGCUUGUUAGACAUUCUUCAGAAAAUCACCUUUCAUUGAAUACCCGCCCAGCCCAACCCUGGUGGGUCCACGCGGGAACGUAUUCCCAGAAGCUGGACGUCCCCCUCGUGAAUUUUAGAUGAGCUUAUCCUGCUUGAGUGUUCUGUGUUUUUACUGGACUCGCGUGCUCACUGAUUUCCGUUCAGUCCAGAGCUUUCUGGCUCAGUUUAAAGGACACUGUUGAACUGACGUCAACACUGACUGUGGCAAUCUCUGUAAUAUGUUUACAUGUUCUUGUUUGAUAUCUACGUCUUGUUUCGUCAUUGGAACGCGUUGCCCGUAGCAAUCAAACCUCCCGUGACCGGCUGUGAUAAUUACCAACGUGACCCCUGACCCUACAUGUGGCCUGUUGAUGGUCUCCAGCCACGGAGGUCAGCUGUGAUGGAGGACGUGCAGAAAGGAGGAAGAUUCCGCGCACGUGCGUCCAGAUCAUCUGCGCUCCUGUGCAUGCAGCAGUGCUCUAACAGGUGUGUGUCUGUGGAACCCAGCAGAGGCGCUCCCAUAUUCCUGCAGCGCGCGGUGGGCCGAAGGAGGCGGUCAGAGAACCGACCACGUUGGACACCAAACAAACUUUUUGUUCUUAAUGAAAUGAGACGAGAGGGAGCAGAAACUGGCCCGUCACAUUUAAGGGCAACUGAUUCUUAAGCACUUAAGAAGCUUUAGAGCAAUCAACGACAGACUUCUGGGCAACGUUUUGACUUUAGGCGUGAAAUUCUGUCCGAUUUGACUUUGAUGGUUGCUGGCUGGUUUUGUUACUACGGCGAUAACAUGAGGGGAUUUUAUGAACUCCAGGGUCAAUGAAUCUUGUGUCUGUAGUGGAUUCAGAUUCGAUGACUUGGUAUCCAAAAUGAAACUACGAAUCUUCAAAGCAUCUUGGUUCAGUUAACCAGCAAAUUAAAGAGAUUAUAAUAUUUUGCGCUUUGUGCUUAUUACAAAGUGAAAUCCAAAAAUCAUUUUUUUUGUUCUUAACAUUGGUCCUGCUAAGGUUUUAGUUAUUUGAGCUUAUUACAGACGUGUGUGUGUGUGUGUGUGUGUGUGUGUGUGUGUGUGUGUGUGUGUGUGUGUGUGUGUGUGUGUGUGUGUGUGUGUAUGUGUGUGUGUGUGUGUGGAUGCGUUACAAAAGAGGUAUUCCUUGAUAAGUUACAAACACAUCUCCAUGACAUCAUUAUAUCACCCAAGUAUCUGUGCCUGGUUGGUAGUUGCUUAAUUAUUUUUCCCUCUGAGCUGUCAAACCUGGCUAAUUAAUUCCAGGCGGGUUUAUUAAGCUCUGUGAUUUAGUUCACACUCAAUAGUUUUGCCUCCAAAAAUCUUUCAGUUGGAGCUGCGAUGGACACUUUGCUCUCUGCAGGCUGUCCGACUUUGUGUUUUGCAUUCUGAUUAAACGCCGCUGUCGACUGCAGCUGUAGUUUAGAUUUUCUGUAUGUAAUUUGAACCUACACACACACACACACACACACACACACACACACACAGUCGCCAGUCCAUCUGCUCUCAGCUGGCUGCUGUUAGUGCUACACGGCCAGCUUCCCCACACACACACACACACACACAGAUCAAUACUGUCAUCUAAUGUAGUGCUGCCAGUUUCUCCAUCUCCACUGCAUUUAUAAACACACACACACACACACACACACACGCACUUUCUCCCGCGUGUAAAGAUGAUGGUCCAGCCAUCUGCUGGAAAGUGAGGCACGUGUCGGGUUCCCUGGUGGAGUCAUUAAUCUCAGGCCCUGAGUCUGUUGACCGCACACACACACACACACACACACCGUGUCAGGUUGGCCUACACAAACACUACCCAUACUCCCUCCGUCCCGUCCCGGUCGGUUCAGCAGUUACACGGUUUGCAGUUUGUUUGACCUCCAGCCAGUGUUUACCCAUCAUGCACUUCUGCUGCUCCGUGGCAGAGGCCCACAAACCAGACGCGUCGCUGGGAAAGUUUGUCGGCCAGCUGGGAAGUGGAAUAGCAAGCUGGGAUUUGAGAGCAUGUGUGAGGAAUUGUGCCACCGGCUGGUGGCUCGUCAGAAACAUCCGUGCCGAUGCAACGCGCACGUUUCCAUACUGACACGUGGUCACUUCACGUGAACGCUUUUUGACAUUCAACCAAGUUAAGAAAUCAUUUGAUAUACACAAUCAUCGCUGAACCCUUUUUUUGAAAUAUAUUUAAAAUCAGAAACCAUCUGGUGAAAAGAAUAAGCACCUUAUCAUUUGGCCCCAGCUUCCCGCUCCUGAAAGUUAAUAAUACUCAAAGGCAGCGGUGCAUUUUAUGAAGACUUCCAUUGUUAUCUUACUGUUUUCACAAGGUAGUUUUGACUUUUAUGACUUUUCAUAUUGGUGAUUGUUGAGAAAAAUGCUGUGGCAAACCCUCCACCCGAAAGUCUCAACUUACUUUCGUUUGAGCGUGGACCAAAUCAGAAUCUGAGCCUGUGAACUCGUGCAGAAGAGUCUCUCCCUGCCUGCUAACGGGUACGGAACGGUGUCCUGUGGAUUGAUGGAAGCAUCUGCUGUGGUUUUGUCUCUGACGAGCUUCUGUGCACCUCUGACUCGGAUCACGUAGAGAAACCAGCUCAGAGGAGCAUGUGACGUUGGGUAUGACGAGGUGAAGCCUCGUUACCACACACACACACACACACACACACACACACGGGCGUUCUGAUCCACGUUACAUGAGAUUCAGUGAUGUUUUAAUGUGCACAGUUUGCAUCUGUCUGACGGGGACUGGACUCCUACAGUCAAAGGCAGUGUUUGGGGUUUGUCUUUAAAGAGCGAUUAUGAGGAGGAGGCGGCACAAAGACCGGAAAAGCAUUGCUAGAGUAAAACCAGUGCAAUAUCUUUUUAUUUUUUAUUGUGGUAAAAGCAUGUUGUUGUCAAUCUUACCUUACAACAAUAAUAAAGGUUUUUUUAUGUAA